AUGGAAAAACAAGGGGAAUAAACUACAAAUAUUUUUUAAGGAUAUGCAUUAUAUGGUUUAAAUAAAUAUUAAGAAGCGAUUGAGUGUUUCGACGAAGCUCUUUCUCUCAAUCCUAAUAAUGAUGCUGCAUGGAAUAACAAGGGUAAUAAACUAUCAAAUAUUACAUUAAGGAUUAGCAUUAAAGAAUUUAAAGAAUUAUUAAGAAGCUAUAGAGUGUUACGAUGAAGCUCUUUCUAUAAACUCUAAUAAUGAUACUGCAUGGUAUAACAAGGGUAAUAAGCUUCAGAUAUUUUUUAAGGAUAUGCAUUAUAAGAUUUAAAUAAAUAUUAGGAAGCUAUUCAGUGUUUCGAAAAAGCUCUUUCUAUAAAUCCUACUAGUGAUGAUGCAUGGUACAACAAGGGUAAAAAAAUUUUAAAUAUCUGAUUCAGGAAUAGCAUUAAAUAAUUUACAUAAAUUUUAAGAAGCUAUUGAGUGUUUCGACGAAGCUCUUUCUAUCAAUUCUAAUAAUGAUACUGCAUGGAAUACAAAGGUAUUGAAUUUACAAAUAUUUAAUGAAGGGUAUGCAUUAUACGAAUUAAAGGAAUAUUAAGAAGCUAUUUAGUGUUACGACAAAUCUCUUUCUAUCAAUCCUAUUGAUAAUAAUGCAUUUACAAAUAAAGGUUUAAUUUAUUUAAAAAAUAGGACUUACACUACAUUAAUUAAGACAAUAUAAAAAAGCAACAAUUUGUUAUAAGAAAGCACUCUCUAUUUCAACUAACCCUUAGACUUUAAGAUACCUAGGUAUAAAUUCCUAAUUACCUUAAGGCGAUUCACUAUUCGAAUUAGGAUUGAAAUCCUAAGCUAAAUAGUCUUAUUUGGCUGCAUUACAACAAGGAUCAACUGAUGACAAAUACAUAAAUAAAUAAUUAUAACAGCUAUGA